AUGCAACCAUUUAAAUAUCCUUUUGAAAUGCCAUUAAACUUUCAAUAUCCAGGUGCAUCUGCAAUUCAUCCUCAAGCAACAACACCUCAAAGUAUCAGACAAGAGUUGAUUGUAAAAACAGAGUCGUUGCUUCACCAAUGUGUCAGUACUGUAGUGUCGAUGGAUUCAUGGGGUGAUUGGCGCCUGGUACACUAUGGUACUUUUGCCAAAGGUGGCGUAUCGAUGGUUGUAUUAGAAGCUACUGCCGUUGUACCAGAAGGUAGAAUCACACCACAUGAUUCGGGUUUAUGGAAAGAUGAACAGAUUGAACCAUUAAAAAGAAUAGUUGGUUUCGUACAUCAAUUUAAUGCUGUAAUUCAAAUUGGACAUGCUGGUAGAAGAGCAUCUACCGUUCCUUUGUAUUUGGACAAUGCCAAACAUUAUAUUGGCGAGGAACAAGGUGUUUGGAGUCAAAUCGAUGCUCCAUCACUGUUGUAUGGACCAGAGAUGAUUGUGCCACCCGAACUUUCAGUGUUUGAGAUCGAGUCGAUCGUUCAAUCAUUCAAAGAUACUGCGAUCAGAGUUGAAAAGGCUGGAUUCAACGCACUUGAAAUUCACGGUGCCCAUGGAUAUCUCAUCAACUCAUUCCUCUCACCACUUUCCAAUCAUAGAACCGAUGAAUACGGUGUCGAUUUCGAAGGAAGAAUUAAAAUACUCAACGAUAUUGUAAAGGCAAUCAGAACGGUAUGGAGCAAGAUUCUGAUGGUGAGAAUCAGUGCCGAAGAAUGGAUCGAAGGUGGAUGGACACUGAACGACUCAAUUCGACUCACCAAGAUACUCAAGGAGUUGGAUGUUGACAUAUUGGAUGCAUCAUCCGGUGGAAACAGUGCGAAUGCUAAAACACCAUUCGGUCCGUUGUUCCAAGUUCCUCUGGCAGAAGCAAUCAAAAGAGAAAUACCAGAUAUAAUCACCUCCACCGUUGGAUCAAUAAAAACAGUUGAACAAGCAAUGUCCAUCAUUGACAAUGAUCGCGCCGACCUAAUCAUGUUGGCAAGACCACUAUUGAGAGAUCCAUUCUGGGUAUUACAUUCGGCGGCAACCAUCAAGUUGGAUGUCGACCAAGCUCUCCAAUAUAAUUUAGGUAAAGAUUAUAUUUAA